AUUUUAAUACAUAUCUAGGAAAAAUUUACAGGAAAUUGCAAAACAAUUUAUACAUUUUGAAAAAAUUAACACUAAAAGUCAGCGUAGAUUUUUAUUAUUAUUAUUAUUUUUUUGCAUUUAUAUCCCGCCCUUCUCCGAAGACUCAGGGCGGCUUACACUAUGUCAAGCAAUAGUCUUCAUCCAUUUGUAUACUAUAUACAAAGUCAACUUAUUGCCCCCCAACAAUCUGGGUCCUCCUUUUACCUACCUUAUAAAGGAUGGAAGGCUGAGUCAACCUUGGGCCUGGUGGGACUUGAACCUGCAGUAUUGCAAGCAGUUGCUGUUAAUAAUAGGCUGCAUUAGCCUGUUGCGCCACCAGAGGCCCUUUGUACAGAUUUGUACAGGCAGAAAAAUUUCGGGGAAUUUCCUUUGUAAAAUUGUGGACAGCAAAUCAUUUAGCACGGGGCGGAUCCCUGCUGAGUAUUCCCCUGCAAGGAGCCUCGAGUAUAAGAGCAGUCUAUCCUUCAGCUCAAGCACAGGCUGCGCGGGGGGGGGGGACGAGCCAAUGAGCGCAGAGCUUGCCCUGCUUCACGAAUCAGAAAUCUCGGCAGGCGCCUCGGCCCGCCUUUUGUCCUUGUCGGUCCGUGUGUUGCGUCAGUUUUUCCCUCCGCCAAUCGCCGAGUUCCUCGCUGUCGUCAUCGCCUGCGCAAGAGCCCCUAACGUUUUAGCCAAUGGCGCCGCGCGGGCGGGUGAGCGGGGCGGGGUCGGAGUUUUUAUAAGGCGAGCUUUGCGAACGCCUUCCGCUUUCCGCUUUCCGCUUUCGAGCCGCCUCUGCUGCUCCUCGUCGUUCUCGCGGCUAUGGCGCCUCUGGGUUACCCGCGCUUGCUCCUCCGAGCCUCGGCCCGGGCCGCCUGGGGAGGGGGCGGCGGCUGCGAUGGCUGCGGCUGCCGACAUCUGCCGAGGGCUGCGCGGCGGCUGCAUCUGACGGCCCCCAGGAAUGAAGCAGUUGUCAUUUCUGGACAGAAGCUGGCCCGGCAGAUUAGGCGAGAAGCCUGCCACGAAGUAGAACAAUGGGUUGCUGCUGGCCACAAAAGGCCCCAUCUCAGCGUAGUUCUAGUGGGAGAAAAUCCUGCCAGCCACUCCUAUGUGCUGAACAAGACCCGAGCAGCCGCUGACGUGGGAAUUAGUAGUGAGACAAUCCUGAAACCAGCCUCUGUCACAGAAGAGGAGCUGCUUGAUUUAAUUGUCAAACUAAAUCACGAUACCAAUGUCGAUGGCUUGCUUGUGCAGCUUCCUUUACCAGAGCAUAUCGACGAGCGAAAGAUCUGCAACGCUGUGAACCCUGAAAAGGAUGUGGAUGGAUUCCACGUGGUGAAUGUAGGCCGCAUGUGCUUGGACCAAUAUUCCAUGUUGCCUGCCACACCUUGGGGCGUGUGGGAAAUCAUCAAGAGGACAGGGAUCCCAACCCUGGGCAAGAACGUGGUGGUGGCCGGGCGAUCCAAGAAUGUUGGCAUGCCCAUCGCAAUGCUUCUCCACACAGACGGACGGCAUGAGCGCCCAGGAGGGGAUGCAACAGUAACAAUUUCUCACCGCUACACUCCAAAAGAGCAGCUCAAACAGCACACAAUCCUUGCUGACAUUGUGGUUGCAGCCGCAGGCAUUCCCAAUCUGAUUACAGCUGAUAUGAUCAAAGAAGGAGCUGCUGUAAUUGAUGUUGGCAUAAACAGAAUCCAGGAUCCUGUCACUGCCAAGCCAAAACUUGUUGGAGAUGUGGAUUUUGAAGGAGUCAAGCAGAAAGCCAGUUACAUCACGCCAGUUCCUGGUGGGGUUGGCCCCAUGACUGUUGCCAUGCUUAUGAAAAACACCAUUAUUGCUGCCAAGAAAAUGCUGCGAGCCCAGCAUCUUGAAACCUUCAGUGCUUGAUGAUGGACUUCUUGUGGCCAAAAGUGACAUUCCAGAUUGCCUCCCUAGAAGCAAUGCAGUAUUUAUUUAUUUGAUGAAAUGUUUGGCCAGCUGCUCUGCAAUAUUUAUAUAAAGCAAUUUGCUUCCAAGGCAGAGUAACUCCUGCCAGUCGUAUACAUGAUUCCUACCUUUCAAAUUGCUAUUCUGAAAUGCAGAAAAUGAGAACACAACUUGAUUGAGAAAGUUGAUUCCUCACUCUUUAGGCAGCCUGAAAGAGUAACAAAGGGCCAAAAAUGUGUUUUUAUAGUAGAAAUGUUUUAGCAUACACUUGAAUUGACUAACCUUGGCUGAACCCAGGAUGUAAAUUAUUUGUUAGGAUUAUAAUGCAGCUAAUCUGGAGUCAGAUGUUACUAUUUUCUACAAAGCCAUAUUUAUAUUUAAUAAUGCUUAGCAAAGCAGUUGAUAGCAUGUUCAAUACUCAGUUUUUUCCUGUUUUAAAGGAAGAAUUGGCAUGAAAGCUAGAAAAUGCUUAGACAAAAUUAAGGUGAGCUCUCCAUGCUUAUUCCAACUUGCUUUGUGUUUAUCUGAGCAAGUAGUAAUAUUGCUGGAUGUAUCUGAAUAAAAAUAAUUGUUACUUG